GUGACAACAAAAUAAUAAUUUCAUAUAGCUUGACUUGCCCAUGUUUUUUGUGUUUUUGUGGCAAAGCAUGUUCAUAGUCCCCCGACUUUCUUGAUAUAUGGGGUUUUAGAACAUCUGUGAUUUUAACUUGCAUGGUAACUCUUCCAGGUAUAUCAGAACACCAAACUUUAAUGCUGCAGAAGAUCCAUGGACAGAAUGAUGAACUCAACCUGCAACAUAAAGGACGUUUCUACCACUGCACAGUCUGCAGGAAGAGUUUCAGCGCCCUGAGUGAACUUGAGAAACACCAGCAAACACACACUGUUGACUUGAGUCUAAAGCAGAACACUGCAAAAAGGCCUCAAAAAUGUCCGGAAUGUGGAAAAGCAUUACCAACACGAACACGUCUUGAACUCCACAUGAGAAUGCACACUGGAGAGAAACCUCAUAAAUGUGCCCAGUGUGGAAAAGGUUUUUCACAAAUUUCAAAUCUUAAAACCCACAUUCUAACACACACUGGAGAUAAGCCUCUUGAAUGUACCCAGUGUGGAAAAGGUUUUUUAUACAGUUCAAAUCUUAAACGCCACAUGCUUACACACACUAGAGAAAAGCCUCAUCAAUGUGUCCAGUGUGGAAAUGCAUUUAAAACAUCCUCAGAGCUUAAAACCCAUAUGGAAAUACACACUGGAGAAAAGCCUCAUAAAUGUACCCAGUGUGGAAAAACAUUUCCAACACGAACACGUCUUAAAGUCCAUAUGAAAACACAUACCAGAGAUAAACCUUUUAAAUGUGCCCAGUGUGGAAAAGGUUUUUCAUACAGUUCAACUCUUAAAACCCAUAUGGUAACACACACUGGAGAGAAGCCUCAUCAAUGUGUCCAGUGUGGAAAAACAUUUCCAACACGAACACGUCUUAAAGUCCAUAUGAAGACACAUACCAGAGAUAAACCUUUUAAAUGUGCCCAGUGUGGAAAAGGUUUUUCAUACAGUUCAACUUUUAAAACCCAUAUGCUAAUGCACACUGGAGAGAAGCCUCAUCAAUGUGCUCAGUGUGGAAAAGCAUUUAUAAAGUCCUCUGAUCUUAAACGCCACAUGCUUACACACACUAGAGAGAAGCAAAAGCAGAAUACUAACAAAGGCAUUCAUCAGUGUGUCCACAUUCUAACACACACUGGAGACAAGCCUCAUCAAUGUGUCCAGUGUGGAAAAGCAUUUAAAACAUCCUCAGAGCUUAAAACCCAUAUGCAAAUACACACUGGAGAGACGCCUCAUCAAUGUGCCCAGUGUGGAAAAGCAUUUAGAAGGUCUUCAACUCUUAAACGCCACAUGCUAACACACACUGCGAAGAAGCCCAAGCAGAACACUAACAAAGCCACUCAUCAGUGUGACCAGUGUGGACAUGUUUUUGCCAAUCUGCGAAACCUUAAAAACCACAUGUUAAUACACACUGGAGAGAAGCCCCAUAACUGUGUCCAGUGCGGAAAAGGUUUUUCACAAAUUUCAAAUCUUAAAAGCCAUAUGCGCACACACACUGGAGAGAAGCCCCAUAACUGUGUCCAGUGCGGAAAAGCUUUUUCACAAUUUUCAUCCCUUAAAACCCACAUGCUAAUAAUACACACUGGAGAGAAGCUUCAUCAAUGUGUCCAAUGCGGAAAAGCUUUUUCAUACAGUUCAAAUCUUAAAUCCCACAUGCUAACACACACUGCUAAGAAGCUUCAUAAAUGUUUCCACUGUGGAAUUUUUUUUUCAGACGUUGAACAUCUCAGCACCCAUAUGCUAGCACACUCUGGAGAGACGCCUCAUAAAUCUGUCCAGCGUGGAAAUGCUUUUACACAAGUCUCCAGUGUUAAAAAGCGCAGGCUAGUACACACUGGAGAGAAGUCUCAUCAAUGUGCUCAGUGUGGAAAAGGUUUUCAAAAGUCCACAAAUCUUAAUCGCCACAUGCUAAUACACACUGGAGAGAAGCCCCAUAAAUGUGUCCAGUGUGGAAAAGGUUUUACACAAAUGUCAAGUCUUAAAGUGCAUAUGCGAAUACACACUGGAGAGAAGCCUCAUCAAUGUGUCCAGUGUGGGAAAGAUUUCACACGAAUUUCAAAUCUUAAUUCGCAUAUGCUGAUGCACACUGGAGAGAAACCAUAUAAAUGUGCAUACUGCGGAAAAGCUUUUUCAUUCCAUGUGAGGCUCAAAGCCCAUAUGCAAACACACUCAGGAGAGAACCCUCCAGAAUGUUUCAAAUCCAUUGUGACAUCACACUCUGGAGAGAAGCCUCCAGAAUGUUCCAAAUCCAUUGUGACAUCACAUAUAGGAGAGAAGUGUGGAGAAAGACUUUGAGUUUGAAAUCUUUGACACGACGUGUCUGUGCACAGGCAGCUACAGCGCAACACUCUGGGGGCAUGAACAUAGGGGUGUAGUGCCAUAGCUGCCUGGAAGAUCAAACUGUUGGCUGCAGCGUCUCAAGCUAGGUAAAACUGUAUGGACUGUAAACAGUAUUAGCUCGGCUAGGUGAUUUGACCGGACUGUCCUUGUCCAAGUAUACAUCCACUGAAGAGGAAUUGUUUUGUUGACUGAAGUAUGUAUGUCUUACUCCACUGUGUUAGGUGGAGAUAUUCUCCCCUCAUGUUCACAAACAGCAAAACAUUCCAUAUUAGCUUGAUUAGCUUGCUAAUUAGUGAACUUUUCAUCAUUAGUGCAGCACAGUUAAGUAGUUUCAAUUACUUCUUGAACAUUGUUGUAUGGACAUUCUGGGAGAUGUAAAUUCAUGUAUGAGAAGGAGCAACUUGUGAUUAUGUAGCGGUGUAGCAUAAGGCUUAGGUAUUUUAGCUUGCUAACCAAACUAAAAAUGUUCUGACUAAGCGUACUGUAUGCAUGCAGGAGUUAUUCCACUUUCUAUUGCAUUAUCUGGGUGGGUUAGUCCAGCUAACUUAGAUUUUGUCCUAUUUCAGACGGGCUACAUGUUAACAUGCAUUUAAAAGGUCAGGUUUUGGACCUACACAAUAAGUAGUUUUUUUUACAAGUGUUAUAUAAACAUAUUGAGGGUAGAGAAGCAUCAUAAAUGUAUGUAUUGGAAAAUCUUUUUUUCCGUCACAAAUUUCAUACAGUAAAAACCCCACAUACAGUACUGGUGUCUAUUGUGGAGAAGCUUUUUUCAGAAAUGUUUGAAUCUUAAAAACCCAUUUGCUAAUGUGGACUAGAAAGAAGAACAUGAACACUCGCUGACAUUUCAGAAGUAAAAUGUUUGUAUUUAAGUUUGCAAAACAUUUUAAGUUUUUAUUAUUGUA